AUGAUGUUGGCGCUGUCGUUGACCAGACACACCUCUUUGUCCCCUGGUGUGCUGCACACUUUGUGGAGUACUUGGAUUGGCAUCAUCUCUGGCAGCAGCUGCCAUCAAUUGCCAGAUGCACGUUGCUCCAGCCGAUUGAGGCCAUGUGACGAGUGGCCAAGGUGGCUGCUACAUUUGGUGCCCAACCAUAAGGCUGAGCAUUUUCGGUACAACGCUGUCUGCAGCAUCCAGCAGCAGUACGAUCAACAGCGGUGGAAAUCAAAGAAGCGCGGGCCUUGCCUACAAGAUGCAG